AUGCCUUUUUCUUGGCACACAGGUUAUCAACAAGCAGAUCAUCGAUGCAUUGGUAAUGUUCAAAAAACUGGUGCAUUAGAUCAUGCUGCUAUGCAGCAAUCCAUCUUAACUUUUUUACAUUUUUACAUAUCCGCAAAAAAGGACAUGAAGUGCAAGUCAAUAAUUUAUGAGUUUAUUAAACAGGUUUUGGUAAAUCGAGGUCAGCUUCAGCCGCGACAUAUCGAUAUAACGAUAACGAAGAUUAUUUCUAAUUUUUAUGUUUAA